AUGCCUUGCAAUGACAGCACGUCUUGUGAAGACAGCACACCUUGUGAAGACAGCACGUCUUGCAAAGACAGCACGUAUUGCAAGGACAGCAUGCUUUGUGAUGACAGCACACUUUGCGAAGACAGCUCCCAUUCACGCUUUGCCAAGGAAGCUCAUGUAGCCAAGACAGUAUGCCUUGCCAUCACAGCACGCCUUGCCAAGACGACACGCCUUGCCAAGACAGCACACUUUGCCAAGACAGCACAUCUUUAUAAGACAGCACACCUUGCCAAGACAGCACGCCUUGCCAAGGCUUCACACCCUCCUAAGACAGCACACCUUGCCAAUACAGCACACACUGCCAAGACAGCACACCUAGCCAAGACAGCACACCUUGCCAAAACAGCACACCUUACAAAGACAGCACACCUUGUUAAGACAGCACAGCUUGCGAAGACAGCAUGCCUUGCCAAGAUAGCACACCUUGCCAAGACAGCACACCUUUCCAUGACAGCAUGCCUUCUCAAAACACCAUGCCUUGCCAAGACAGCACACCUUGCGAAGGCAGCACAUGUUGUGAAGACAUCACACCUUGAGAAGGCAGCACAUACAGCACACCUUGCCAAGACAGCACGCCAUGCUAAGACAGCACACCUUGCCAAGACAGCAUGCCUUGCCAAGACAGCACAUGUUGCCGAGACAGCACACCUUGCUGAGACUGCAUGUCUUGCCAAGACAACAUGCCUUGUUAAGACAGCAAACCUUGCCGAGACAGCACACCUUGCCAAGACAGCACGCCUUGUCAAGACAGCACACCUUGCCGAGACAGCACACCUUGCUGAGACAGCAUGCCUUGCCAAGACAACACGCCUUGUUAAGACAACAAACCUUGCUGAGACAGCACGCCUUGCCAAGACAGCAUGCCUUCAGAAGGCAGCACGCCUUCAGAAGACAGCACACCUUCAGAGGAGAGCACGCCUUGCCAAGACUGCACGCCAUGCCAAGACAGCACGCUUUGCACGCUUUGCCAAGGAAGCUCAUGUAGCCAAGACAGUAUGCCUUGCCAUCACAGCACGCCUUGCCAAGACGACACGCCUUGCCAAGACAGCACACUUUGCCAAGACAGCACAUCUUUAUAAGACAGCACACCUUGCCAAGACAGCACGCCUUGCCAAGGCUUCACACCCUCCUAAGACAGCACACCUUGCCAAUACAGCACACACUGCCAAGACAGCACACCUAGCCAAGACAGCACACCUUGCCAAAACAGCACACCUUACAAAGACAGCACACCUUGUUAAGACAGCACAGCUUGCGAAGACAGCAUGCCUUGCCAAGAUAGCACACCUUGCCAAGACAGCACACCUUUCCAUGACAGCAUGCCUUCUCAAAACACCAUGCCUUGCCAAGACAGCACACCUUGCGAAGGCAGCACAUGUUGUGAAGACAUCACACCUUGAGAAGGCAGCACAUACAGCACACCUUGCCAAGACAGCACGCCAUGCUAAGACAGCACACCUUGCCAAGACAGCAUGCCUUGCCAAGACAGCACAUGUUGCCGAGACAGCACACCUUGCUGAGACUGCAUGUCUUGCCAAGACAACAUGCCUUGUUAAGACAGCAAACCUUGCCGAGACAGCACACCUUGCCAAGACAGCACGCCUUGUCAAGACAGCACACCUUGCCGAGACAGCACACCUUGCUGAGACAGCAUGCCUUGCCAAGACAACACGCCUUGUUAAGACAACAAACCUUGCUGAGACAGCACGCCUUGCCAAGACAGCAUGCCUUCAGAAGGCAGCACGCCUUCAGAAGACAGCACACCUUCAGAGGAGAGCACGCCUUGCCAAGACUGCACGCCAUGCCAAGACAGCACGCUUUGCACGCUUUGCCAAGGAAGCUCAUGUAGCCAAGACAGUAUGCCUUGCCAUCACAGCACGCCUUGCCAAGACGACACGCCUUGCCAAGACAGCACACUUUGCCAAGACAGCACAUCUUUAUAAGACAGCACACCUUGCCAAGACAGCAUGCCUUGCCAAGGCUUCACACCCUCCUAAGACAGCACACCUUGCCAAUACAGCACACACUGCCAAGACAGCACACCUAGCCAAGACAGCACACCUUGCCAAAACAGCACACCUUACAAAGACAGCACACCUUGUUAAGACAGCACAGCUUGCGAAGACAGCAUGCCUUGCCAAGAUAGCACACCUUGCCAAGACAGCACACCUUUCCAUGACAGCAUGCCUUCUCAAAACACCAUGCCUUGCCAAGACAGCACACCUUGCGAAGGCAGCACAUGUUGUGAAGACAUCACACCUUGAGAAGGCAGCACAUACAGCACACCUUGCCAAGACAGCACGCCAUGCUAAGACAGCACACCUUGCCAAGACAGCAUGCCUUGCCAAGACAGCACAUGUUGCCGAGACAGCACACCUUGCUGAGACUGCAUGUCUUGCCAAGACAACAUGCCUUGUUAAGACAGCAAACCUUGCCGAGACAGCACACCUUGCCAAGACAGCACGCCUUGUCAAGACAGCACACCUUGCCGAGACAGCACACCUUGCUGAGACAGCAUGCCUUGCCAAGACAACACGCCUUGUUAAGACAACAAACCUUGCUGAGACAGCACGCCUUGCCAAGACAGCAUGCCUUCAGAAGGCAGCACGCCUUCAGAAGACAGCACACCUUCAGAGGAGAGCACGCCUUGCCAAGACUGCACGCCAUGCCAAGACAGCACGCUUUGCACGCUUUGCCAAGGAAGCUCAUGUAGCCAAGACAGUAUGCCUUGCCAUCACAGCACGCCUUGCCAAGACGACACGCCUUGCCAAGACAGCACACUUUGCCAAGACAGCACAUCUUUAUAAGACAGCACACCUUGCCAAGACAGCACGCCUUGCCAAGGCUUCACACCCUCCUAAGACAGCACACCUUGCCAAUACAGCACACACUGCCAAGACAGCACACCUAGCCAAGACAGCACACCUUGCCAAAACAGCACACCUUACAAAGACAGCACACCUUGUUAAGACAGCACAGCUUGCGAAGACAGCAUGCCUUGCCAAGAUAGCACACCUUGCCAAGACAGCACACCUUUCCAUGACAGCAUGCCUUCUCAAAACACCAUGCCUUGCCAAGACAGCACACCUUGCGAAGGCAGCACAUGUUGUGAAGACAUCACACCUUGAGAAGGCAGCACAUACAGCACACCUUGCCAAGACAGCACGCCAUGCUAAGACAGCACACCUUGCCAAGACAGCAUGCCUUGCCAAGACAGCACAUGUUGCCGAGACAGCACACCUUGCUGAGACUGCAUGUCUUGCCAAGACAACAUGCCUUGUUAAGACAGCAAACCUUGCCGAGACAGCACACCUUGCCAAGACAGCACGCCUUGUCAAGACAGCACACCUUGCCGAGACAGCACACCUUGCUGAGACAGCAUGCCUUGCCAAGACAACACGCCUUGUUAAGACAACAAACCUUGCUGAGACAGCACGCCUUGCCAAGACAGCAUGCCUUCAGAAGGCAGCACGCCUUCAGAAGACAGCACACCUUCAGAGGAGAGCACGCCUUGCCAAGACUGCACGCCAUGCCAAGACAGCACGCUUUGCACGCUUUGCCAAGGAAGCUCAUGUAGCCAAGACAGUAUGCCUUGCCAUCACAGCACGCCUUGCCAAGACGACACGCCUUGCCAAGACAGCACACUUUGCCAAGACAGCACAUCUUUAUAAGACAGCACACCUUGCCAAGACAGCACGCCUUGCCAAGGCUUCACACCCUCCUAAGACAGCACACCUUGCCAAUACAGCACACACUGCCAAGACAGCACACCUAGCCAAGACAGCACACCUUGCCAAAACAGCACACCUUACAAAGACAGCACACCUUGUUAAGACAGCACAGCUUGCAAAGACAGCAUGCCUUGCCAAGAUAGCACACCUUGCCAAGACAGCACACCUUUCCAUGACAGCAUGCCUUCUCAAAACACCAUGCCUUGCCAAGACAGCACACCUUGCGAAGGCAGCACAUGUUGUGAAGACAUCACACCUUGAGAAGGCAGCACAUGUUGUGAAGAUGCAUUCCAUGAUAAGACAGCACACCUUGCCAAGACAGCACACCUUGACAAGACAGCACGCCUUGCCCAGACAACACACGUUGCCAAGACAGCACGCCUUGCCAAGACAGCUCGAGUUGCCAAGACAGUAUGCCUUGCCAAGACCGCAAGAGUUGCCAAGGCAGCUUGCCUUGCCAAGACAGCAUGCCUUCCCAAUACAGCACGCCUUGCGAAGGCAGCAUGUGUUGUGA